CCACAGACAGAGAGAGAGAGAGAGGGGGAAGGAGAGGAGGCAGCAGCAGCAGCAGCGCCAGCAUGAAUCCGCAGACUGCGGCUGGCUUCAUGCUGCUGCACGUUGUGUCUCCGGACCUGCAGGAGGGACAGGAGGAGGAGGCGAUGGCAGUGUCCGGCUCGGGGCUGGCGCUCAAGCCGCUGCCCUUCGACCUGAGCCGGAGCCGCCGCCCGGCCGCGCUGCUGCAAGAUGCCGCCUGCCGGCUGCAGCACCUGGAGCUGCCCGGCGCCAAGGGAGCGAGGCCGCAGCUGAUGGUGUUCCGCAACCCGGCGCUGCUGCCACCGGCCGCCGUGACCGUGACCGUGGAGGGGGCGGGGGGCAGCGAGAGGCCCAAAGCCUCGACCUCUCCCGGACUCUGCCCCCGGCACCGACGCUGCCCGGGCCGGGCCCGCGGUGGCCGGAGAGACGAGCGGGUGUCCGACCUGGCCCGGGACUUCGGCGACUUCACGGUGGGGCCGGGGCCGGGGGGCGAGGACGCGGCCUGCGAGUGCCCGGGCCUGGGCCUGGAUUUGGGGCUGGGCCCGGCCACCACAACCUCCUCGGGCCCCGGUGAGGAGACGAGCGACGCCGUGCUGGUGCUGGGCGCGAUGGAGGAGCCGGGGGCCGAGGCCGGGCCUGGUGACGGCGACGACGACGACUGCCCGCUCCGCCUGCUGUGCCGGGGCCUGGGCGGGGAGACGGAGCCGGAGCCGGAGCCCGAGGCCUCGGCCUCUCCUACCGCCACCGCCGCCCCCCCGGGGGACCCCGACCACCCGCUGGCCGCCCGCUCCCGCCGGAGCUCGCUGAGGAGCCGCCUCACCAGGCUCUUCCGUGCCCGCAGUUGCAACGGGGCGGCCGAGGCCGGAGCCAAGCGACACUCGCUGCAGCUACACGGCCCGGCCGAGGGCCCGGACAUCAGCAAACCCAGAUUGACCAGGACACAAAGUGCCUUCACUCCGGUGUCUUUAGCACCACCUUUCACAGGAGAAACGGUGUCACUGGUCGACCUGGACAUUUCUCGCCGCGAGCCGCCGUCCCCUCACCCGCCGACGCCGCCGGCCCCCCCUCGCCGCAGCCUCAGCCUUCUCGAUGACAUUGGAGGGCCUCAGCUUCCGUUUUACCCGGUCAGUCCCGCUGCCGCCAGCCUACAGUCGCUACCUUUGCCGCCUCCACCUCCACCGCACACCAUUCAGCUCAGUCUCAGCUUGAGCGACACUUUGCAGAGAAACUGUCCCCAAAUCCGACCGAUGACUCUACAGAAUCAGCCUUGUCCGCUGACCAGGAGAGACUCCAACACCUUUGCCGCCAGCUUACGGGAACUGGAGAAGUGCGGCUGGUACUGGGGCCCGAUGAACUGGGACGACGCGGAGAUGAAGCUGAAAGGCAAGCCCGACGGCUCGUUCCUGGUGAGGGACAGCUCGGACCCCCGCUACAUCCUCAGCCUCAGCUUCCGAUCGCAGGGAAUCACCCACCACACCAGGAUGGAGCACUACCGAGGUACCUUCAGCUUGUGGUGCCAUCCAAAAUUUGAAGACCGUUGCCAAUCUGUGGUGGAGUUCAUCGAGAGGGCCAUCAUGCAUUCCAAAAACGGAAAGUUCCUCUACUUCCUGCGUUCCAGAGUUCCUGGUCUGCCUCCGACUCCAGUGCAGCUCCUCUACCCCGUCUCCCGUUUCAGCAACGUGAAGUCCCUGCAGCAUCUGUGCCGCUUCCGCAUCCGGCAGCUGGUCCGGAUCGACCACGUCCCUGACCUGCCGCUGCCCAAGCCCCUCAUCUCGUACCUGCGCAAGUUCUACUACUAUGACCCCGAGGAGGAGACUUACUUGUCUCUGAGAGAAGCCCGCCUCAACACAGCCCCCGAACACGACAUGGACACGCAGACGUAGCGGGUGCGGAGUGGCGGCUGGAAUCGUCUACAGUCCGAUCGCUACUGUGGGCGGCGGGAACAGCAGAGUACGACGGGAUCGCCAAGCCGGCACCGAUGAGGGGGGCUCGACCGAUCUUCUGGAAGUGCGCGCUCCUCACUCCCGACGCUGACGUGGACCCGUCGUGGCGCGAGUGGCUGUGGUGCGGAGUGGGCCCGGAGCCCGGUGGACAUUCCUCCCGGAACAGGUGAAGACAGGAAAACAGGACAAUCAAGCGACCGACCGAUGGUGGAUUUGCACUUUCUGCUGAGACAGACUGGCGUUAGUUACUAACAGCUUUAUACUGGAGAGAGAGAGAGAGAGAGACACACACACACACACACACGCUCACACACACACGCACAGAUCUCCUGCUUCCAGAGACAUUCUACAACGCCGACAUCCCUGAGAGGGGUCGAAUGUCUGGAAGGGUUAUAUUGCACAAUGUUUGUUUUUUUGUUUUUGUUAAUUCAUGGAUUAAACUACUGGUUGUAUGUUUGCAGGCUGUUCAACUUGAUAAUUUAUGGAAAUCAUUUAUAAGUGACUUGCUUGAUCUGGCCGGAUUUCACCUUCUCUGCCUGAAGGCCAGCGUUCUCCCUGUGCCACGCUCCACAGACGCUGACUCAGCCAAGUUGCCACCCCCAGGGUGAAGCUGCCACCCCGGGGUGAAGGUCCCAGCCAGAGGUGACGAUACUUUAUUGUCACACGUGCAGCGAAAUGCUUUGUGUUUUCCUACAAGGUACACAAACGGGGUUGCCACAAAGGUACAAAAGGAAAUCAUUCCUUCUUCCUCCCCCGUCACCCGCUCCCCCCUUCGUUCACAAUCGACAAUUCACAAUAGACAACAGGUGCAGGAGUUGGCCAUUUGGCCCUUCGAGCCUUAAAUGUGAUCAUGGCUGAGAUAUUGUUGAAAUACAAUUAUUUUAAAGAAGUGACGGGAUUGAAAACAGUGACAGUCUCACCUCUGUUAGAAGGAGGAAGGCAAAAUGUGUAACUAGUUUGUUAGUCUUAUAGACAAUAGGUGCAGGAGUAGGCCAUUCGACUCUUCGAGCCAGCACCGCCAUUCAAUGUGAUCGUGGCUGAUCAUCCCCAGUCAGUACCCCGUUCCUGCCUUCUCCCCAUAUCCCCUGAAUCCGCUAUUUUUAAGAGCCCUAUCUAGCUCUCUCUUGAAAGCAACCAGAGAACCUGCCUCCACCGCCCUCUGAGGCAGAGAAUUCCACAGACUCACCACUCUCUGUGAGAAAAAGUGUUUCCUCGUCUCCGUUCUAAAUGGCUUACUCCUUAUUCUUAAACUGUGUGGCCCCUGGUUCUGGACUCCCCCCAACAUCGGGAACAUGUUUCCUGCCUCUAGCGUGUCCAAACCCUUAACAAUCUUAUAUGUUUCAAUGAGAUCCCCUCUCAUCCUUCUAAACUCCACCUGGCCAACACCUGGCACAGUCAUUGUGCCCAGAGUAAAAUGACAGUGGUUGGCCUUGGACUGUAAACAUGAUUUCUGAUACAAUUAAAACAGCUGUAUUAUCCGUCCUUGCAAUGUCCGUGGAACUGUGAGAGGAAGUGGCCAAACAAAUCUGUUGAGAUACCUGACCCCCCCCCCCCAUGGUCCAUUACCCAAGUGUUAUUCAGAAUAGCCCCAACAUGAAUCGCAGGAGAGCCCAGUGCAGAGCUGGAGUUAGGGUGAGGACACUGAACCGGCUCAUUUUAGACCCUAGGCACACAAAAAUGCUGGGGAUACUCAGCGGGUGCAGCAGCAUCUAUGGAGCGAAGGA